AGACCCUGUCUCUCGUACACCGCCCCAACCCCACGCCUUUGCCCUCGAAACUUCCUCAAUAGCUGCGUUCACACGUCUCUUUAGUCCUUCUUUAUCAUUAUACACACACCUGAACUGAAUUUUUCAAAAGUUCCAUUUUCUGAUUUUGACAAUUGAUAUUCUUCUAUACGUGUUCACACUUCCUUUCACACAUUCCAGACAGUAUAUGUAUAUCAGGUUUCAAUUCCAUCCACAAAAAUCCUGACUACUCUUCAUUUUUGCACUUCCUUCGACAAAUCAUUUGCAGAUGAAUGAAAAUAAGCAGAAGCAGCAGCAGCAGCUGAAGAAACGAAGAAGAAAUGAGAAUGCACCAGAGAGCAGUGUUGUUGAUGAAGAAGUUGAUGAAAAACAAGGUGGGGUGAAGACAAAACAUAUGAAAGAGAUCUUGACUUCUUUGAUUUUGCUUGAGGAUCAAGAAAAGGACGAUAGAGAAGAAUUCGCCAAGGCACAUCAAGAAGAAAGAUUACAAUUCGAGGAAUAUCACAACAAAAAGACAAGCGCGAUGCGUGAUUAUUACUCUAAGUUGCAGCAGGAUUAUCACGAGGAUGUGGAUCGUGUUGAUGAUGCUAGAAAAAGAAAGGCGCGUUCCAAUACGUUUGCUGCAUCCAAUGCCACUGCCAUCGCCCUUGCCUCGGCAGAUAUAGAGGAUUCCAUUUCCGGCGGCGAAGAUAAAGCUGCCGCGAGUGAUAAAGCCACGGCAACGGGGCCUCAGAGGCGGCUGUGGGUUAAGAGCAGAUCAAAAGAUUGGUGGGAUCAAUACAAUAGCCCGGAUUUUCCGGAUGAGGAAUUCAGAAAGGCAUUCAGAAUGGGAAAAGACACUUUUGAUUUGAUAUGCAAUGAAUUGAGUUCCGCUGUUUCCAAGGAAAAUACUAUGUUGAGAGAUGCUGUCCCUGUAAGGCAACGCGUUGCCGUCUGUAUAUGGCGGUUGGCCACCGGGGAGCCGCUUAGGCUUGUUUCGAAGAAAUUCGGUUUGGGAAUUUCGACAUGUCACAAGCUCGUUCUUGAGGUUUGUUCUGCGAUUAGAACUGUUCUGAUGCCGAAAUAUUUAAGGUGGCCGGACGAUGAAACAGUGAAUAGGAUUAAGAAUGAAUUUGAAUCCAUUUCCGGGAUAAGCAAUGUGGUUGGAUCAAUGUACACAACUCAUAUACCAAUCAUUGCUCCUAAGAUUAGCGUUGCAGCCUAUUUCAACCGGAGGCACACCGAGAGGAAUCAAAAGACCUCGUAUUCGAUUACAGUUCAAGGCGUGGUUGAUCCAAAGGGAGUGUUUACUGAUGUUUGCAUUGGAUAUCCUGGUUCAAUGCCUGAUGAUCAGGUUUUGGAAAAAUCGACACUUUUUCAAAGAGCAAAUGCAGGGUUCUAUAAAGGAGUUUGGAUUGUUGGAGGUUCUGGAUACCCUUUAAUGGAUUGGGUAUUAGUACCUUACACACAGCAGCACUUGACUUGGACACAGCACGCUUUCAAUGAGAAAAUCGGAGAAAUUCAAGGGAUCGCGAAAGAGGCGUUCGCGAGAUUGAAAGGACGAUGGGGUUGUUUACAGAAAAGAACUGAGGUGAAACUUCAAGACUUGCCUGUCGUCUUAGGGGCGUGCUGCGUUUUGCAUAAUAUAUGCGAAAUGAGGAACGACGAUUUAGAUUCGUCGCAGAAAUUCGAGCUCUUUGACGAUGAAAUGAUUCCUGAAAUCGGAUUGCGAUCAGCAAAUGCCAUGAAAGCAAGGGAUUCCAUUGCUCAUAAUCUUUUGCAUCAUAACCAUGCUGGCACAUCAUUUCUCUCAUAGAAAGUGAAAAAUCUUUGCUUUCAAGAAUUGCAAUAUCUCAAUGAAUAUUACAUUAUUCCUUUUUGUUGUAGCCUUGUAGGCUAAAGAAUCAUACACAAAUUAUAGAUACAGAUUGGUAGUUUAGUUUUUCACAAUUGACAAAUCGUUAGGAGAAUUAUAUUUAUUUCAGUUGCACUGUUUUUCUUCCAAAGGUUCGUAUUCUAAACUUUGCCUUCAAAUGAAGUUUCUUCCUCUC